AGGGACGCGGACCCUGCCUGCGCCGGGGGGCUUCCCUGCGUGAUCUUGGCCACCGGGCUCAACGACGGGCAGAUCAAGGUGUGGGAGGUGCAGACAGGACACCUCCUCUUCAGCCUCGUGGGGCACCAGGACGUGGUCAGAGACCUGAGCUUCGCCCCCAAUGGAAGCCUCAUCCUGGUGUCGGCCUCGCGGGACAAGACUUUGCGUGUCUGGGACCUGAGCAGAGAUGGGCGGCAGGUCCAGGUGCUGUCGGGCCACGUGCAGUGGGUCUACUGCUGCUCCAUCUCUCCAGACUGCAGCAUGCUCUGCUCCGCGGCCGGAGAGAAGUCGGCGCUGCUGUGGAGCAUGCGGUCCUACACCCUCAUCCGGAGGCUGGAGGGACACCAGAGCAGCGUGGUGUCGUGUGACUUCUCGCCGGACUCGGCGCUCCUCGUCACUGCCUCAUACGAUGCCUGUGUCAUCAUGUGGGACCCCUACACUGGG